AUGGAAUUUAUCUCGUCCACUGAGCUGAGCACAAUACUUGUCGACUUCCUGGACAGGUUUGGUUACAAUGACCAAGCGAGUCUUUCUUCCCACGAUCUGCAGGCUAUUUAUGAUUACACUUUGAAAUUCCUACCGGAGGAGGAAGGCAUUGUUCGUUCUCUUUCAGAAUAUGUACAUUGUACAUUCCCUUUCCUUCCUCUCGAAAUCCGCAAAGCUGUCGCCGUAUAUGACAGUUUCCAAAUGUCAGUCGACGAUAUCCCCGUGGAGGAGCAUGACAGUCUUUAUGAACUAUGCCUCCGAUUAUCCGAGCGACGUGAAAUCGAACAUCCGGCUUGGAAGGGACUAUUCGCUUUCUUCCCAACUAUUCUCCAAUACUACGGACCCUAUGCCCAGACAACCAUCUUUCGAGGCGCGGUGGAGUUUAUCCAGGCAACUAGUGUCGAGAGAACCCUCUUCAAGGGCUACGUGGGUUCAAACUACCCGAGUUAUAUUCGACGCAUGAGUGCCCAGGGACCUGUGCAAGCAGCUAUUUGCUUUCCAGAGAGCGAGUUUCCGCAGGACGAAUAUUUGCCCAUCAUCGUUUCCUUGGAAGCUGAGCUGGAGUUC